UGCUUCCAGCCCAGGCUCCCGCUGGCUGCUGCCGGCUGCUGGCCACUCCCACAUCCCAGGCCUGGCGUGAGGCCCACAGCUGCUGUUGCACAACCCUGGUUAAUGUGUGAUAGGGGGAGGCCUGGGCCUGGCCCGCCUCUCUGCCAGGGCUUCAGACCCCUGCCCAGCACCAGGGUCUGAAGGAACCACAGUGGAGCCAAGCCCCCGGUGUGGAGAACUCAGGCUUCAGGAGACCCUGGCCCUGCUCCUGGUGGCUCCUGGUGGCUUUCAGCUCUCACUGCAACCUGAGCUGGGGGAGGAGCCAGGCCUCAUGCCCAGAGCUGGGAGUGGGGAGCCUGGUGUGCACGCGUGCCCAGGCCUGCACGUGGACCGACCAGGGGAGGGGCCCAGAGCUCUGGCUGGGUCACCCGCACCCCGCCCCCAUCUCCUCCAGAGCCACCCCAGGAAAAGCCCGGCUGGACGAGGUCAUGGCUGCCGCUGCCCUUACAAGCCUGUCCACCAGCCCUCUCCUUCUGGGGGCCCCAGUUGCAGCGUUCAGCCCAGAGCCUGGCCUGGAGCCCUGGAAGGAGGCCCUCCUACGGCCCCCAGGCAGCUACAGCAGCAGCAGCAACAGUGGAGACUGGGGCUGGGACCUGGCCAGUGACCAGUCCUCUCCGUCCACCCCGUCACCCCCACUCCCCCCUGAGGCAGCCCACUUUCUGUUCGGGGAGCCCACGCUGAGGAAAAGGAAGAGCCCGGCCCAGGUCAUGUUCCAGUGUCUGUGGAAGAGCUGUGGGAAAGUGUUGAGCACAGCAUCCGCGAUGCAGAGACACAUCCGCCUGGUGCACCUGGGGAGGCAGGCAGAGCCUGAGCAGAGUGACGGUGAGGAGGACUUCUACUACACAGAGCUGGAUGUCGGUGUGGACACGCUGACGGACGGGCUGUCCAGCCUGACUCCAGUGUCCCCCACGGCCUCCAUGCCGCCUGCCUUUCCCCGCCUGGAGCUGCCAGAGCUGCUGGAACCCCCAGCCCUGCCUAGUCCCCUGCAGCCGACCGCCCUGCCCCUGCCCCCGCCUCCACCCCCUGUCCUGAGCGCUGUUGCUAACCCCCAGUCCUGCCACAGUGACCGUGUCUACCAGGGCUGCCUGACGCCUGCCCGCCUGGAGCCGCAGCCCACGGAGGUCGGAGCCUGCCCACCCGCCUUGUCCUCCAGGACUGGAGUCAGCCUGAGGAAGCCCCGCGGCGAUGCGAAGAAGUGCCGGAAAGUGUAUGGCAUGGAGCGCCGGGACCUGUGGUGCACAGCCUGCCGCUGGAAGAAGGCCUGCCAGCGGUUCCUGGACUAAGUCUGGCUCAUUCAAGAACAUCACCUACCACCUUCUCCCUCCCCACGCCAACCCCAGGCCUGGAGCUGAAACAGCCCAGGGAGAGCCCCAGGGCCUGGCCUUCACCAGCUGCAGGGUCCGCUUUUAAUUGGGGGGGGCUGACCCUGAACCCCCCCAGGUCGGGGAGGGGUCCCACCACUCAAAGUGCCUCUGAAGAAAUCAGCUUUUUGCACUAAAGCCAAACCGCUGUCCCCUGAGCCCCAAGGGCCCUGGGGGCAGCCGCCCCCCUGCCUGCCGGCCCGUGGAUUUGUCAAGGGUGUUAUGGGCCCAGCUUUGGGGGCCAGUCCUGAUGCACUUUGAGGAGUGUUGGGGAGAGGACUCCCCCACUCGCACUUAACUCGAUGGCUCUCGGGCCCUGGGGCUGUUUUUACCAUGUUUUUGAAGCUCAGGUGUCUCGCGUCUGGGCUGCACCAGGCGAAGAGAGAAAUUAAAGAUUUGAGGUUUUUCCAGAA